AUGACGGAUUGGCGCAAGUACAAGGUCGCUGACCUGAAGGAGGAGUGCAAGUCGCGUGAUAUCCCUACCACCGGGCUCAAAUUAAAACAGCAAUACAUUGACAAACUCGAGGAAUACGAAGCGCAGAGCGGUGAAGGGGCGACCGAGGAUGUCCAGGAACAAGAUGUCGAAAUGGCCCACGGAGAGCCCGUGUGGUCCGUCAACGGCGACAGCUCGCAGCCUCACGAUGUCAAACCCGACGUGAGCGAAGCCGCGAAUGAGGGGACCCAGGAGGAAGACGCCGGAGAAGGAAGAGCUCCAGAUCAGGAAGACAUCAAAGAAACGAACAUCCCGCCUGCGCUUCAGGAGGAAGAACGCCGCACGGAGGCACACUCCGAGAAGGAGCAAGAGUCUACGCCCGAAGUACCCCCACUUACCGCCGACGCAGGCGUAAAGGACGCGCUGUUUGUGCCAGAGCCUGAGAAUGUCACCGAGAAAUUAGAGGAGAAGAGGUUGCAGGAAACGGUAGAGGGACACCACGAUAAACAACAAGCUCCUAGCGAACCUGUGCAGCGGAACGACGAAGAAUCGUUCACGCCUGAUCAGCAACAAGCGCCCAGCAAGGAUCUGCAGCAGAACGAUGAAGAAUCCAUCACCGCUGAUCGAGCCGUGUCAAGUCCCAAGCCUGCCGUUUCAUCCACGCCGCAACCUUCGCAACUUCCAUCAGACUCGAGCACACCGCUUACGUCCCAGAUACCCCCUAGUGACCUUGCAGAGGACCAGAAAAACAGAAGGAAACGAAGCGCCACGCCCAUUCCCUCAGCCGAGGAGGUCGCGCGCAAGAAAAUGAGACUGAGCGAAGAAGCCAAUGAAAGAAAAGCACAAGUAGCAUUGGAACAGAUGGAAGCAGCAACCGAACUUUCUAAAGAUAUCCGUAUGGAACAUACAGAUGUUGGACUUCCUGCCGUCUCGGCCAAACAAACGAAUGCCAGCGCCGCGGCUGCUGAACCACCUCCAGCUUCACAAGGCAGUACCCUGGUUCCACUCGAGGCACGGAAAAUGACCCCAUCAAGGUCGCCGUCUCGGUCGAGGAGUCCGGCAGAAGAUCGUGACGUUCCACCAGCCAUCCAUCCGGCAACGUCCUCGUUAUAUAUCAGUCGACUCAAGCGACCGAUUCAACCCCAGGCAUUCCGCAGCCAUAUCAUCUCGAAGACCAAAACCCGGUCCUCCGAUGAUUCCGAUCCCAUCACCGCAUUCUACCUGGACAACAUCAAGUCACACGCAUUCAUCUCUUUCACCUCGGUCUCGGCUGCGUCUCGCGUGCGCUCGGCAAUGCAUGGCGUGAGGUACCCAGAAGAGGGUUCACGAGAGCCGCUAUUCGUCGACUACGUCCCAGACGACAAGGUCCAGUCAUGGAUCGACCAAGAGACCGAAAGCGGCUUCGGGCGAGGCGGGAGCUCGGGUCGUCGCGUCUUCGAAGUCGUCUACGAAGACAGAGGAGACGGCAUAGAGGCUAUAUUCCAAGAAGUGGAUACCACGAAGCCGCGGGCCCCGUUAGAACCGAGUCGCGGGUCACGCCUGUCCUUUGAAAGACAGCAGCUAGGCUCCGCCCCAGCUCCCGCUGGUGUCCAUCCCGACCGUGCCGGCCUUGUUCCACGGGAUGAUCGAGGCAGAGACCGUGAUCGCCCUCGAGCACCAGCACCACCCUCUGGACCUAAGAACGCCAGUUCCGACCCCGGCAGAGGCUUCAAAGCACUCGACGAGCUCUUCAACUCCACUACCACCAAACCGAAACUGUACUACAAGCCUGUGCCCCCUUCCGUUGCGGCCGACAGAUUAGGCAUGUUCCGCGGGCUACACUCCCGAUACGCCGAACUGGGACGGACCGGUGACGAAGGCAUGAAGCGGUAUUCUUUCGAGAAAUCGAAAGACCGGGAAGAAUGGGUGGAUAAGGGUCCGGAGUUCGGGCACGGACGGAGAGGACAGGAGAGGUUAGUCGGUGGUGACCGAGGCUUCAGAGGGAGAGGGCGUGGAGGUCCAUAUCGUGGGAGGGCCGUGGAUUCGUGGCGAGGAGGCAGCGCGCGAUAA